UGCUUGCUUGUGUGUGUGUGUGCGCGCACGCACGUGUUAGUAUUGAUCAAAGCUUAACAGCUGCGUCAGUAUACUGUCACGGUGAGUACGUCAACCAUGGACAACGUGGCAACAGCGACAGCAAGAAACUCGACGGCCGAUGGCACGAACCGCCGCCUCCUCCUGCUGCUCUCGCUGUCGCCGGCGAGCAAGGUGAUCGCCAAGCAGGCCGUCGGCAAGCAGAACCACCGGGCACGCAGCGGGCUAGACGGCGGCGGCGGCGCGUCGUUCCGGUGCCGCACCUGCGGGCGCUGCUUCGCCACGUUCCAGGCGCUCGGCGGCCACCGGACCAGCCACAGCCGGCCGCGGGUGCGCGCCGACGGCCUUGACCUCCUGCUCGGCGCGAGGCCCGGCCGCAAGGGCGCCGCCGCCAGCGAUGUCCACCGGUGCAACACCUGCGGCAUGGUGUUCCCCACGGGGCAGGCGCUCGGCGGCCACAUGCGCCGGCACAGGGCGGCGUUCGAGGUCGCCGUGCUGGAGACGAUGCAGGCGACGACGACGGUGUCUGGGUUGUCGGAAGAAGAAGAUGACGACGACGCGAGACACGUGUCGAGUACCUUAAUCCAGUUCAUAUGAGUGGUUGUUGACACGUGUCAUCAAGCGAACUUUGGUUUGGUGUGGGAUGUAUACUGCAUGCAUGUGCAUUAAUUAGGGUACGCGUAAACGCGUCCAAGUUUCAUUUGUUUUGUAAUUGUUGUUGCAAAGGACUAGUAUUUGGUACUAUUGAUUAUUAUAUUGGACAAUGAAACAAAUUUCAACUUGCUAA